CCAUUAUCAUUUAUCAAUGCCUGAUGAAGACGAUGAACAUGAGUAUUUCAAUUCCACAUGAUCAAUUCCACUCCAAUCGCGUGACUCAGCUUCCAAUUCUCACUCUAAUUUCAUUUCCCCAGUCAACCUCAUCGCUUCCGCAUUUCCGAAUCACGUGGCACCUACGUACAAAAGUAUUAUAAGUUGUUGGAAUCGAACGAGAUGAAGAGCUCGUCGGAGGUGGUGAUGGAGAUAGAGGCGAACAAGCCGCAGGGGAACGGGAUGGUGAUCGGAGGGCUGAGCCCGCUGAGCGAGAGCUUGUGGAAGGAGAAGACUAACACGGAGUUUGUUGGUGACGUGUCGGCCAGGCUGGCGUGGAAGGAUUUGACCGUUGUGGUCAGCCUCGGCAACGGCGACACGCAGAAUGUUCUCGAUAGGCUCUCCGGCUACGCCGAGCCGGGAUCUUUCACCGCGCUCAUGGGCCCCUCCGGAUCCGGGAAGUCCACGCUGCUUGACGCCCUCUCCGGCCGCCUCGCCGCCAAUGCCUUCCUCUCCGGCACCAUCCAGCUCAACGGCCGCAAGGCCAACUUGUCGUUCGGCACCGCUGCAUAUGUGACGCAGGACGACAAUUUGAUAGGCACGCUGACGGUGCGCGAGACGAUAUCGUACUCGGCUCGGCUGCGCCUCCCGGACAGGAUGGCGUGGGCGGACAAACGGGCGCUGGUGGAGAGCACGAUCGUCGAGAUGGGGCUUCAGGACUGCGCGGACACGGUGAUUGGGAACUGGCACCUUCGGGGGAUCAGUGGCGGGGAGAGGAGGAGGGUCAGCAUUGCGCUCGAGAUCUUGAUGAGGCCACGCCUCCUUUUCCUCGACGAGCCCACCAGCGGCCUCGACAGCGCCUCUGCCUUCUUUGUCACGCAAACCCUUCGUGGCCUCUCGAGGGAUGGGCGCACUGUGAUCGCGUCCAUCCACCAGCCUAGCAGCGAAGUGUUCGAGCUCUUCGACCGGUUGUAUUUGCUCUCGGGCGGUAAAUCUGUCUACUUUGGCCAAGCUUCACAAGCCUACGAGUUUUUCGCUCAAGCCGGGUUCCCGUGCCCGGCUUUGAGGAACCCGUCUGAUCACUUCCUCCGCUGCAUUAAUUCCGAUUUCGACAAAGUUAAAGCAACACUCAAAGGAUCCAUGAAAAUGAGGUUUGAGAUGAAUGACGAUCCAGUUGAUAGAGUGACCACAGCAGAAGCUAUACGUACACUAGUGGAUUCUUAUCAAAAAUCUCAGUAUUAUUACUCAGCAAGAGAGAAGAUUGAGGAGAUGUCUAAGAUUAAAGGAACUGUGCUAGAUUCCGGAGGGAGUCAGGCGAGUUUCUUGAUGCAAGCUUUCACCUUGACCAUACGCUCGUUUGUUAACAUGUCGAGGGACUUUGGCUACUACUGGCUCAGGCUCGUCAUCUACCUCGUCGUCACUGUCUGCAUCGGAACUAUUUACAUGAAUGUAGGAACCAGCUACAGUGCCAUCCUGGCGAGGGGCGCCUGUGCCUCCUUUGUGUUCGGGUUCGUGACCUUUAUGUCGAUUGGUGGGUUUCCUUCCUUUGUCGAAGACAUGAAGGUGUUCCAAAGGGAAAGACUGAAUGGGCACUACGGCGUGGGGGCUUUCGUGAUCAGCAACACGCUAUCUGCAAUGCCGUUUCUGAUACUGAUCACCUUCCUCUCCGGGACCGUCUGCUACUUCAUGGUGCGGCUCCACCCGGGGAUCACGCACUACAUCUUCUUCGUGCUGUGUCUCUACGCGAGCGUAACUGUGGUAGAGAGCCUGAUGAUGGCCAUCGCCAGUGUCGUCCCCAACUUCCUCAUGGGCAUCAUCAUUGGAGCUGGGAUCCAGGGGAUAUUCAUGCUCGUCUCUGGCUACUUCCGGCUUCCCAAAGACAUCCCGAAGCCCUUCUGGCGAUACCCCAUGUCCUACAUAAGCUUCCACUUCUGGGCUCUGCAGGGCCAGUACCAGAACGAUCUCAAAGGCUUGAUCUUCGACAACCAGACCCCCGACCUCCCCAAGAUCCCGGGAGAAUACAUCUUGGAAAACGUCUUCCAGAUUGAUAUGCAACGAUCAAAAUGGGUGGAUCUCAGCGUUCUCCUAAGCAUGAUCAUCAUCUACCGCAUCAUCUUCUUCAUAAUGAUCAAAGUGAACGAGGACGUGACUCCCUGGGUCCGUGGCUACAUUGCAAGACGACGAAUCCAACACAAAGGAGCAAACCAGAGCACCAUGGUUUCCCCAUUCGGGCUCACACAGUCCCCUUCACUCAGGACUUACGUUCAGCCACGAGGCUCUGCCACAACCAAGAGGUAGAAACAGACAACGACAUCAGCCAUUUCCCACUGCUCAUAUGUCGACUAGCUAAUCCACUUUCUCAGACGACUAGUAUUUAUUAUGCAACAUUGCAACCUAGCUACACUUUACAAGUCUUCAAUUCUGUCUUCAUAUAUAUGAAUUGGAUUAACUUGCUUCAA